AUGGAGGGAACUGAGGGUGGUGCAACUGGCCAGCCUUCUUAUGAAAGCUCUUAUCCUGAUAUCCCCUCCAGCAUUUACCUAGCCAGGGGAGAUGGUACACGGCCUGCCAUCUCGGGAGCUGAGCAGGUUCAAGAUAUUUCCAUGGUUUCCGGGAGUGAAUCGGGUUUUUCCGGUAGUGACGUGCCUGAUGCUAAUGAAGAGCAUGAAGGCUCUCACAGGAGCAACCAAAAGUGGUUUCUCGAAGGAAUAGAGGCUUACGCAGAUAUCCCAGACAUUCAAACUUCUGAAGAAAGCUCGAGUGAACCCGAAACUCAAGAGGAAAAUCAGGAAUCAGGAGAGGAAAUCGAUCCCGAUCUAGGAUUGUAUGGCCGUAGGAGAAGAAAGGGCCGUUACGCAAAGGAUGGGCCAUCUAAUUUCGGUGCGCGAGGCGGGAAAGGCAUCAAAAGGGGUCCCAGAAAGCCAAUCGAACCAAGUUUGGAAUUCAAAAAUCUACAUUCCGAAGCGACCUCUGCUUUCAUUGAUACCGACUAUGAGAGAGCCACUGUCCUGGUUAAACAGGCCAUCCAGAUAAACCCUGAAAUGUUUGCUGCGCAUUCUCUAUUAUCGGAGAUUUUUCUUGCACAAGGUCAGAAGGACAAGGCGCUGGCCGCACUAUUCAGUGGUGCCCACACUCGCCCAAAGGACCCUGCCGUUUGGAUGAAAGUGGCGAAAUUGAUCCUGGAAAGGGCUGGAGAGGAUCGCUCUUCAGCACUGCAAGAUGUGGUAUAUUGUUAUAGCCGCAUUGUUGAGAUUGAUCAAAAGAAUUACGACAUACGAUUUAAAAGAGCGGCAGUGUACCGCGAACUGGGUCAUAAUGGGAAAGCCGCACAAGAGUAUGAAAGGUUACUGAAAGAUCUGCCACACAAUACAACAGCUCUUCGGCACCUUGCAGAAACUUAUAUUGAUCUAAACGAGGUUCAUAAGGCAAAAAGCCGAUACGACGAAAGCAUCUCGUAUUAUACUUCGCUGAAUUUGGAGGAAGCCACUGACUUUACCUGGUCUGAUGUGAACAUUUAUGCUGAAUUUUUCAGCUACUUGAAUGAUUAUGAACAGGGGAUAUUUCAGUUAAGAUCCCUUUCUCGGUGGCUACUCGGAAGGAAGGACGAUACAGAAUGGGACGACAUCAUUGAAGACGACCGGGAGUGGGAUGCUGAAGACUUUCCUCGUCGAGCAGAUGUGCCAUUUUUUGAUCCCAAUAAAUAUCCGACCGAGUCUUACGGGAUUGGCCUUCCCUUGGAACUUCGCGUGAGAUUAGGAAUAUAUCGACUGAAAUUGGGUCUUCAGUACAGGGAAGAAGCCUUGUCUCAUUUCUCCUGGCUCAACCCGGAUGACGCCUCAGAAGGCGCACUACUCUAUGACUUCGGAGAUCUCUUUAGGGAAGCAGGAGAUGCUCUCAAAGAUGCAAAAUUAUAUCAAGAUGCUCUUACUUAUUACCAACCACUUCAAAGGAGUCGUGAAUAUGCUGAUACCGGCCUGUUCAUGGCGAUAGCAGAAUGUAAUACGGCUUGUGAAAAUGAUGAAGCAGCUGAAAAUUGUUAUUUAACGGUUGUUGAAUACGAUGAGAACAACAUCGAAGCGAGAGCCAAGUUGGCAAAGUUCUACGAAAAGUUAGGAUUGAUUGAGCAAGCCUUGAAAUAUGUUAACGAAGCGAUUGAACUGGGACGACGGGAGUCAAUGCCAAGGCGAAGACGAAGAUUUGGCUCUAGGGCCUUGCAACUUGCAAAAGAAUUCCGCUCGACGGAACCCAGAGAGUUUGCGAUGGCAACGUACGAGGGUCCUCUUGGGUCAGAAAAUGAUGAUUGGGCAACUUCAUCUUCGCCAGCGGGUGUGUCCGGCGGACUCGUGACGUCUGCAACACCAGUUUCAAAAAAGCGGAAGCAAGGGAAGGAGGAGGACGUUGGUACCGACCAUAUUAGCUAUCUUUACUCUAAGUUAUUAGAGCUUGGACCUGAGAUGAGGGAGGGCCAAGAAGACGCAACAGAAGAUUGGCUGGAUAUCGCAGAUGCUCUAUUGAGAGAUUUUCGAUCAAAUCGGAUCUUUUUCCCAAUGCAACGGCAUAUGAUGUUCCUGGGAUACUCCAGAGAAGCGCAACGAAAAGCUGGACGACUGAAAUCGACUACAAUAAUGGACGAAGUGGAAGAAAUGGCAGGACGACUUCAGGCAUCGCUAGGUACUCCAGAGAUUGACCCUGCCACGAUACCAAAUGACUACCACUCGAUAUCAUUCAAACAGUGGUUAGACAUAUUUCUGGAAUAUGCUCUCGUCCUGGCAGGGCAGGGCCAAUCGGAAGAAGCCUACGAUACCCUCUCUGCGGCUGGUGAUGCUAGCGUCUGGUAUCAUUCCAAACCAAGCAAAUUUCAGAUUUAUACCUGCUGGUUCACCUGCGCUCUCCGACUCAAGGAUGAAGAGACGCUCUCCAACAUUUCCCGCUGGUUCAUGAAAGAGUACCAAUUUGUGACCGACACAUACCGUCUCUUCGCAGCUCUAAGUCGACUUUGUGGUGAUCCACGUAAGUCCCUGUUCCACUCGUCUCCUAGCAUGAAAUUCAUGCUACGCCAAAUAAAAGCAAUCGACUACACCCUUCCAGAUGAUCCGCUGCGGCCCACUGCGGCCCGCCGUACUCGAGCUUCCGUCUUCCAAGAACGUGCAACCCUGACGACCAAGGAUGCAUCUGGACAACCCAUUCCUGCAGAGGACAUGGAUGUUUCACUCCUAGUCCUUUAUGGCCAUAUUCUUUACGCCGGGGCAAGUUUCACAAAUGCCCUCAACUACUUUUUCCGCGCCUACGCCCUCGCCCCAGAGAAUCCAAUGGUUCUCCUAUCUAUCGGCCUCAGUUACAUCCAUCAUUCCUUAAAACGACAGUCUGAUAAUCGACACUAUCUUAUCAUGCAGGGACUGUCGUUUAUGCAAGAAUAUCGACGUGUGCGAGAAAAGAGUCCGAUUCCUCAAGAACGCCAGGAGGUGGAAUUCAACUUUGCGCGUGUCUGGCAGAUGCUGGGAUUGAUGCAUUUAGCUGUACGGGGAUAUCAGCGAUGUCUUGCGUUCAGUGGAGAGAUUGGAGCUGAGCGAGAGAGGUUUAAGAAGCAGAAAGAAAUGGCUACGGCUGUUGGUGAUGGAACAUCAGAUAAAAGGGUUUGGGUGGAGGAUUUCUCUCGCGAAGCUGCAUUUGCUUUACAAUGUCUUUAUUCUUUCUCCGGGGAGACUAAGUUGGCAAAGGAGAUCACUGAUAGGUGGCUUAUCAUCUAG